CAUGAGACAACAAUAUGACUCGGUAUCAAUGGAGUACUGGCCCUCCAGUGACCGCAGGUCACCAGGCCCAGCUCGGAUCUGCAAGCACCCAGACAUCGCCUACAAGCUAGAAGCUGCAUCUAUCAAGCAUUCGCCGGCCUGGUUCGAGGCUUGGGGCGGCACCAUCCUCGGAUGGAUCUUGGUCGUGCUGCUCACGCUCUUCCAAGUGGGCAUCUUCGCCAUAGGAAUAGCCAUGGUCUACACCACCGAGGCCAGCAUCGACGAGAGAAGUCCCGAUUUCGCCCUUUACAAAAACUCCCGCUUCCACGAAUGCGUCAAUACCACACCUGAAAGCGUGGACUGCACCUUGCUGCAGGGGAAUGCGAUCGAUACGUCCACCGAGGGAGAUGAACAGAAUCACUUCUUGAUGGAUAUGGUGUUUCACGACUAUCGAAACAACACUGCUGAUCAUCCUACAUAUACAUGGUGCGAAAUGGUCAGCUGCCUGAAGGACUUCAAGGUGCUUCCGACAACUCUGCGUCCGUCAGCUCUACAGCUCCCCAGUCUGAAGACGUGGUUCCAAUGCAAUAUCCAAGCAAUCGUCGGAGCAUGGGCUGCUCGCACCUGGAUAGGCUCACAGUCACGGCAGUCUCGGUCAGCAUGCAAGGGAAUAAGCAUCAAGGACUGGGGACCGGCUGUCUACACCAUCGGCGCCACAGUGUACUGGUGGGUGGAUUUCAUCCGCUGGUGUACCAGGCCAGAAUAUCAGGCCUUUGUCUCCGUCAUUGGAUGGAUCUCCGUUUGGACGUUGGCAUACAAAAUGCGAUAUCAUCCAUUCUCUUGCAUAUUCAAAGAGGACUCGAGGUGGCACAAGGUCCUGUCUGGGAUCCUGUGGACUACAACUGUCGUCCAGUGGAUUAUCAGCUGUUACCUCCUGAGCCGCUACUGGGAAGAAUUCUUUCCCCCAAGAAUCGACUUUGCGCAGAGAUAUGACUGCGUCCAGUCACAAGUGGCUUCUGCACCGGGGCAGUCGUCGUGCACUCCGGACCAGCUCUGUUCAAUCCCGUGGUUAUUGAGCAAUCCUGGGUGGAACGGUUGGUUUAUGGAGCCUGAAUCCCCGAAUUUCUUUGCCCAAUACGACGUUGCAAACAUCAUGCUUGCACUUUUAUUCUUCUUCUCGACGUUUACGUUUGUGGCUGUCCCACUGAUCACCGCCGUCACAAGGACUUAUGCCAUUCUCCGUCCUGACCGGCAUCCCGAAAGAUCGGCUUUCGGCGAUUUGGUCUACUUCAAUGAUGAGGUGGGGGGUCCUGUCAUAUCAGGAGCUGUGGCUGCGCUCGCUACCCUCUGCAUUGGGGCCCUCUUGCUUGGUCACACACCGUUAACAUGGAACUCGAUCGACAGAGAAGGGUCAAUCGCUUACGACUUGGAUUGUACUGCGGUCCAUGUCAUUGCUAGUCCGUGGAGGCAGUAUAUGGAUAUUGAGUACGGCCGCGUUUUGAGAUUCGUCAGGAUGUGGUUUAAUAUCUGAGGCUGGAAAGGCAGGCCGAAGGCGAGAAGAACAAAGACUGCGG